AAAGCCAGGGAAAAUCUGCAAAUCGUGAAAUCAUUUGUAUGCAUACAUCUUUAAAAUUGUUUCGAUUCUACGGUGUAUUUCCAGAGGCAGAUGAGAUUUUAAAGCCUGGAAAGAAGUUUUUCAUAAAGUUUGCGCUGAUGGCUUUGUUGAGUUCAUUGACUUUGAUUGGAAGUUCAACGCAUUUGAUCAAAGCUAUAAAAGAUGACUCCUACAAUCACCUAGAACUGGACCUUACUUACAUAUUAUCAAUGACCGCAUCAUAUGGAAUGAUUUGUUACUACAUCGCAAAAAUGAGUACUGUAGUAGAGCUAUAUCUCUUUUUCUCAGAAUUCGAAGAGUUGGGCAAGCCCGCCGAUUUUGAUGAAAUAAACCAGAAAUUCGGCAAAUACUCCAAAUAUCAUUACUGCUACUUGGAAUCGUUAAUGAUGACCAUCCUGCUGGGCUCAAAUAUAUUCAAAGGCAAGCAAUGCAGAUCGGAAAACGAAAUGAAAGGCCUCCACGAAGUUUGCGGCCUCUUCUCGUAUACGUGGAUGCCAUUCAAUAUCGACUAUUUUCCCGUUAAGCAAAUCUACUUAAUCAUUCAACUUUUUGGUGUUCAUUAUAUUUAUAUGGUUGCUGGGCAAGGAGCUUGGAUUUUUUUGGAAACCACAGAGCACAUUUUGGUAAGGAUUCGUCACGUUGCAUAUCUGUUCGAUGAAGCUAUAAAGGAAUUAGAUCCCAAGGAGAGAAGACAAAAGUUUAACUUCGCCGUUAGGAAUCAUAUCGCUGUUUUGGGUCUGGAAAAGAAGCUGAAUGACUUGUACAGCGUAUUCAUGUUUACUCACAUUGUCAUGACUUCAUUCAUUAUGGGAUUUGGUGUCUACGCAUAUAUGAAGGAUAGAAACAUUUCUUCAUUUAUUCUAUCUUUUGCAUGGUUUAUUGGAUUGUUCAUGGAUUCCCACAGUGGACAACGAAUUCAGGAUGAGAGUCUUGCUGUGGGAACUACUCUCUACAACGCCGACUGGUCUCAUUGCGAAAAACAGUUGAAGAAAGACAUCAUGUUCGUACUUAUGCGUUGUCAACAACCGUUGGUUUUCAAAGCGGAUCCGUUCGGAAAUAUGGAUCACUGUAUAUUUCUUGCCGUCGUCAAAGCAUCGUAUUCUUACCUUACUAUAUUGAGUCGCUAAUGGGACAUGCAACUGAUCGAUAAUAAAAAUUAUACACGCCUUCACUAACUCACUGUUUUAGAAAAACGAAUAGAUAGGUACAUACAAUUUGCAAAGACUAUUUGAGUUUUUGUGACAAACUUUAUAUUUUUGAUCACAGUACAAAAUAUAAAAAUUACAGCAUUUCUCACUUUGUUGAC